GCAGUGUGAAGUUUUCUGUCCAACGUUUAAAAACAAAUAACAGCAGAAGCUGUAGAAGUGUAUAAAGACGAUCCAAGCACUGAUUUCAGAGGGACAAGAACAGAUUUCAUAACGGGUAAUGAGCAACUUUGUAAUGUUUUUAUCCAAAGUUUACAAGCCUAGCGUCUAUUCGGCCGAUUGUAAAUAUAAAUAUUCUUUGCAUAUCGUCGACAUUAUUUAUUAUAUCAUGCAGACCCCCAUCAAUACAUAAAAAACAAGUAGUCGAUUUUACCCCUGCCAUUUUGCCAUUGUCAAUACGUAUUGGCUUUCCUUCGCACAAACCCUACAUAAAUCUGGUAGUCGAUCAUCACGAUCUGAAGCCAACUGCCAACACAACAGCAUAACAUUAAUAUCUCCUACGAUGGGCAAAGCAACAGAAUGGUCCCUUUGGGCAAACUUCAUGGCAUUGAGUUCCUGCGCAAUGCUGGUGCUCGGUGGUAUAAUUGUGCUCUCAAUGUCUUUCCCCAAUUUCUGGACGGGUAUAUACGGUCUGGCGGUGUCUCCAUUUAUAUACGUAUACGAAUGGCCUAGGGGAAAGAUGAAGCGCGGUCGCACAUUCCCACGCCGAUUUCAGGGCAAAAUCAGCAAUAUGGUCAGCAAUAUGGGCUUUUUCGGAUCCAAUUACUACUUCCGAUUUGUCCUAUACCUAUUAGUCUCGGUCCCAUGCUUCUUCGAACUCGCCACGACAUAUGCCGGGUUCUUCUUUCUAUGCACCUCAUCUGUUUACCUACUGAGUGCUGUGCGUGGUGAGAAAUGGGUCCCUAUCAAGGCACCAAGGAAGCCGGAACUGAUUGCGAAGUCCACCCAGCAGAAUGGGAUCCUGCCCUUUGCUGGUAUGGGCAUGGACAGAAAGGGCUCUAUCAAUGCCGCACCCAGUAUGGCGAGUGCGGGAGUAUGAGGAAGCAGAUAGCAUUCAGUCAUCGUCAGUCCAUAUAUGUAUACCAUGGAUACUGAAGCAGUCCCGUUAUAAGCUGCACAUACCGGUAUAUACACAGCUUAUACCGGUACAUACAGAUAGUUGUGUAUGUACCGGUAUAUACAGAGCUUCUACCGGUACAUAAAGAUAGUUGUGUAUAUACCGGUGUAUACAGGUAGUUGCGUAUAGCGGAGGAGUGUAUAGUGCUUGCAACGAACGCUCUGUAUACCUGCUGCCCAGUACGCAGCACGGUCACGGUACGCGGGCGAAAAUAUAUUUAUAGAACUACACGUGUGCUAAUUAUAGCAGGGCAUGUGUGCUAUUUUUAGCACUACAAGUGUUCGCUCUUGGUCGAAUAGCAUGAUCACAGGGGCGUACUGGUGGGGUGGUAUGGAGGCUAGGUACGUACGGUGCUAUUUAUAGCACGUUUGAUAUAUACACGUGCACGUUACAUGCAGUGUGCGUGCGAUAUAUACACGUGUAAUGGUAUUAUCCGUGAAUGUUAACAUACAGUAUAUGUAUAUCCUACACAUACACACAAUACGUAUACUAAAUACGUACCACAAAUACGGAUAACGUACACCAAGAGAAGGGUGAGGGAAACCAAAGAAGCGCGAAGUAAACGCAGAAAAUGUAUUCUGCUGCCGGGCAAAGUGUGGGUCAGGGGUCAGGAAGCCAGGGUCCCUAGGUGUUUGGAUCAGAGUUGCCCACACUUUGCGAACACAAUAAAGGAUGCAUUCCACCAGUAUCA